GGCCUCUGCACUGACGUCACCGGCCCUCCCUCCCAGGCAGCAGCAGCAGCAGAAAGAAGAACCUGGCAGCCAGAAUGCGAGCAAGACCGUGUGCAGUACAGGGACACAGGAGCAUCAGGUUUCCAAGCCUGGGCCAUGGGCUGCCUACGGAGGUUCCAGACCAGAAGAGAGAUAGGAGGGGGGAGAGGACUGUAAGUGACCCAGGGAUCCCAGCUUCUUCCCCCCUUACACAGCAGGUGGAUGUGUCUCGGUCCUGUGUAACCUGAUCAGAGCACUCGGGACUGGAGAGUGAGAGACACACAGAGAGUCCCAGUGUAAAUGCCCUGUAUUCAAACGCAGUAUGGAAGUCUGUCCCAAUGUGCAGGCCCCAGUGACAGUUAUGUACCAGACAUCUUGAACUCAGAGUUCAGUAAAUUCACCAUGGACCUUGUUAACAGUGAAAUUGCAGCUUCCACUUCUUUGCCCAGUUUCAGCACCUUCAUGGACGGUUACACUGGAGAAUUUGAUGCUUUUCUCUACCAGAUACCUUCUUCAAACCCCCAAUCCACGCUGAAGGUAGAGGAGUUUCAAGUGUUUGGCUGUUACCCAGGUUCCUUCACAAACCAGUUGGACGAAACCAUGUCAUCAAGCGGUUCGGAUUAUUAUGGUAGCCCUUGCUCCAUCCCAUCUCCUUCUACCCCUGGUUUCCAGAAUCCUCAAGUACCGACAUGGGAGAGCUCUUACGGAGCCUACUCUCCAACUCAAAACUACGACAGCAUGCGUCCAUGGACUGAGCAGCAGAAAAACUGCAUUCCACAGCCUUCGUUUUUCUCCUUUGGGACACAAUCUCACAGCCCAAACAUGGCUAAUUCAUUAAAAAUGACUCAAGCUCCACAUAGACUUGAACAGCAAGUUGUGGAUCCUGAUGUUUUUGCAUUGGCACAAAACUCUUCAGCCGGAUUUCCCACAAUUCCCAUUGGUCAGGGGCCUGUGGUACUGGACAGCUCUGUUUUAUUGGAUGGUCCUCUAUCCCCUUCAAAAGCACGUAGUCCCAGUUCAAAUGAGGGACGAUGUGCUGUCUGUGGAGAUAAUGCUUCAUGUCAGCAUUACGGUGUGCGAACCUGUGAAGGAUGCAAAGGUUUUUUUAAGAGGACUGUACAAAAAAAUGCCAAGUACAUCUGCUUGGCUAACAAGGACUGUCCCGUGGAUAAAAGGCGAAGGAAUCGCUGCCAGUUCUGUCGCUUUCAAAAAUGCCUUGCAGUCGGAAUGGUCAAAGAAGUUGUGCGUACAGACAGCUUAAAAGGCAGGAGGGGUCGCCUCCCAUCUAAACCAAAGCAAGUUUCAGAGUGUUCUUCUCCAAUUAGUCUUAUAAAUUCGCUGGUGAGAGCUCACAUUGACACCAUCCCCAGUUCCACAAAUCUGGAUUUUUCUCAGUACCGGGAGAAUGUCCCCAUCCUGUUGGAGAAGGAGAAUCCUGUUGACGUGCAGCAGUUCUAUGACCUUCUAUCUGGUUCCUUGGAAGUAAUUCGCAAAUGGGCAGAGAAAAUCCAGGGAUUCCUAGAGCUACCCAAAGAAGACCAGGACCUUCUGCUGGAGUCUUCUUUCUUGGAGCUCUUCAUCCUACGACUUGCUUACAGUUCCAAGCCAGAGGAAGGGAAGUUAAUAUUUUGCAAUGGAUUGGUGCUUCACCGUAUGCAGUGUGUCCGAGGCUUUGGGGAGUGGAUAGACUCCAUAAUAGAUUUCUCCCACAGUCUCCAGCGUAUGAACAUUGAUGUCCCAUCUUUUUCCUGCCUCUCUGCCCUUGUUAUCAUUACAGACAGACAUGGAUUGAAAGAGCCUAAGAAAGUGGAGGAACUUCAGAGUCGUAUUAUUAACUGCCUUAAAGAGCAUGUACCAUCACCACUGAAUGAGCAGAACAGAUCCAACUGUCUGUCCAAGUUACUGGGAAAACUCCCUGAGCUCCGCACACUCUGCACGCAGGGUCUUCAGCGCAUAUUUUACCUGAAAUUAGAGGACCUAGUACCACCGCCUCCAAUUGUAGAAAAAAUAUUCAUGGACACACUACCUUUCUAAGCAAACAUUGCACUUUUCUUACAAAUCCAGAGAGAAGGAAACCCACACUUGGGAGAUGGAGAUGUAUACUGUUACAAACUCGUGGAACCUUUUCUUUGACAUUAGGUGCCUAACCCAGUCGAUCCUGUCCUUGGUGGGAUCUUCUGGGUCUUAUAUGAAGACUUCAUUUUUAUUCUAGAAAAUCCAAUUGUGCCUUUGGCUAAGACAGACUUUGUACUUGUUCGUCUUUUUGUUUCACAUUCAAAAGUAUUUUGUAACUUUUUUUUGUUUUUGUUUUUUUUCAAAAUACUUUUACAAUUCACGUGGCUCCUAAACUGCCUUUCCUACAGCACUCCAGAACUAGACCAGUCCUUUGCCACAGACUCUAAAGCAAAGCAGUGGGAGACGGACCUCAUCUGCCCUGUCCGGAUUCCCAUCUGUUUUGAAACGGCAAAAGAAAUGGACCCUUUUUCAGUCACAGCCAGUUUGUAAAGUCUUGUAUAUAAAUGAAGAGCAAACUGUAUAUAGUAUUAAAAUGCAAAGCUACCCCUUGUAAUGGUCACUAUGGUUUCCACAGUGUUCUGGGCUGUGUGUAUAUAUGUGUAAUUUUUAAAAAGAAACAUUUAUAUUUGUGUACCUUACUGGAUUUACAGUAUGUGUUUUUUCUGAUUAAUAUAUAUUUAAUAUAUUGAAUAAAAAAUACUGUAAUAGUAGCAAA